AUGCAGCAUCAAGAUGCUUCAACAACAACUUGGAAUGGACGUUACACCCAGAUAUCAGAUAUCUUCAAGCAAGUGAUCAAACGGUUUUACCGACCAUCAGUGGACCUAUUUGCCUCACGAACCAGCCAUCUUUUGCCACAAUAUGUCUCUCGCCAUCCAGAUCCAGCAGAAAUAGCGACGGAUGCCUUUCUCAGCGAUUGGAGCAAGUCAGCCUCCGCACCUGAUAUCCUUGCCCUUCGAGCCCGAGAAGGAACAUCCGCUUCAGCACAAGCUACACCUAACCGUCUGGCCAGUAUCCGCGCUAUCGCUCAGAGGGACUUUCAACAGCGGCUACAGGAAUUCUCCUGUCCUCAUGAAGUGAGACUACCCAGAAACGAUAUUCUGGACCGUGGAACACUUGGGCAAGCUGGUGUAGUGAACGGUCGUUGUGUCCCUUUACUGCCCCUGUAAACUUUGUUCUGUCAUUUCUGGCUGAAUUGUCGGAAAAAGAGAAAUUAUCUUACAGGACUAUCGGUGUGUACAGGUCAGCAAUAUCUCAGACCCACGACCCAAUCGGUGCCCUUCCCUUAGGGGAACUACCAAUAGUAACACGGUUUAUGAAAGGGGUCUUCAGGUUAAAUCCACCUAAACCCAAACUUUGUUCUACAUGGAGAGUUAAAGAUGUGUUGGCGCAUAUGCAGGCACAAGCGUCAGUUAAGGACCUUGGUCUCAAAGAUCUUUCGUUAAAACUCGUUCUAUUGUUGGCAUUGACGUCUGCAGCACGUGCUCAUGAAAUAGCGGCGUUGGACAUGCAAUUCCUUACUGAGAAGGAAGAUUCGUGGGAAUUUUCCUUGGCUAUUCAUGUAAAGCAGUCCAGACCUAACCAUCCAAGCAGACGAAUUUACCUUCUGGCAUACCCAGUGAAUGAAAAGCUCUGUGUGGUUACGACCCUGAAGGAAUAUCGCGCCCGGACGGUCCGCGUUCGUAAGUCAUCAAAACUGUUACUUACAUUGGUGGCUCCUCAUGCACCCAUAUCCAGCCAGACUGUGUCCAGGUGGCUAAAAAGUGCACUGAGACUUGCUGGUUUUACACCUGAGUAUUAAAGUUCUAUUAAAUGUUCAGUUAAUGCUCAUGUCAGCAUACUUUGAAGUCUGCAACAGUAUUGUGAGUAUCAGUCGGAGAAGAAGUGAAGGAGAAAUGGAGUUUCCCCGGAGGGUAACUUACCUGAAGGGGGAGACGUAGUUCUGCGAACUUCUUCGUAGACUGAUAUGAGCAAUACUGUUCCCCAUUCAUAAGGAGAAAGAAACAUUGAUUAGUAGAUCAGUGGAAUAUAGUGCAUCUUUUCCUUCCCUUCCCUGUGCUUCCAUUCGCAUUCAAUUGUUUAGGUUGAUAAACGCCACGCGAUCAAAGAGGACAUUCGGGACAUGCGCAGUUCAUUUUAUUAUUUGUGGUAUCCAGACCUCUCGCCGCUCGAGAUCUGCAACAGUAUUGCUCAUAUCAGUCUACGAAGAAGUUCGGAGAACUACGUCUCCCCUUCAGGUAAGUUACCCUCCGGGGAAACUCCAUUUCCAGGCGACAACUGCCUGGUUGCAGAGACAUGUGGUCAAUUGACAUGUGGUCAAUUUUAA